UCCUGAAUUUGAGUUUUGGGUUGCUGUAUUAUUUCAUUGGGCGCUAUUUUUAUUUUUAUUUAUUAUUUAUUUCUUUAUUUCUUUAUUUUAACAGCCGUCAAAUUGACUAGAACUAUAUUCGUGGAAGCAGGUGAACGCUUAUUGCAUUUUUACUUGUAGGAGCCUAUCAUAACAACAAGCCCAAAAUCAAUACUGUUUUUUGGGCUACUAACCUGUUUUUGGUUAAGAAGACUGCGGUGUUUAUCUGGUGAAACCCGUACUAGGCUUCUUCAAGCACGUAGAUAAUUCAAUACCCCAUUCUGUCCUAAACCAACCCGCAUGGUGUAGUUUCGCAGCAAAUGUAAUAAAAUAAGGGCGUCGUCUACUCUACACAGACAGCAGCGCCUGACAAGACAGAGGAAAUGUCGAGUCAGGCUGCUACUGCCCGUCCCAUAGCCGCAUACAACUUAGCGUUGUACAGAGAGGGAGCGGUGCGCGUCUCUGAUUAUCCGUAGUGUUUAUGUGGGUGUGCUUAUCAACAAGACCAUAAAGCACAGGGUACCGCUGGGACAGCAGUGGGGGCAGCAAGAGGUCCAUUUUCUUUUCUGUACAAUCCAGAAAAUAUAAUAUUUCUUCUUUCUUCGAUAACAAAGAAAAGAUGCUCAGAGCGAUGCAUUACUCCCCGUUGGUCAACCAUCUCAAUGAGGCCCCAGUGUCUGAAGAGUCCUCGGAUGAGGAUGAUAAAGAAUGUGAGACCUGCAGGUCAACGGGAGCCAAUGAGAGCUCUUCUAACAGUGACCUCAGUGCUGAGAACACGUGCCGACCCCCAGGCAUCAACGAAGAUUCCUGUGAGCCGAUACUAUCUGAGGAGAGCAAGGUGCUGCUGGGGGAGCAGAUUAAACAGAUCUCCAUGCACUUUCCUCCAAGACUCACGGCAUGCACUUGGACCCUGGAGUACAGCACCAUGAAGCAUGGAACCAGCCUGAGGACCCUGUACAGAUCUAUGCAUGGGUUGGAUUGCUCCACAUUUAUAGUCAUUAAAGAUACCGAUGGCCAGGUGUUUGGUGCCUUCUGUUCCAGUCCAUUGAGGGUCAGUGACUGUUUCUAUGGAACGGGAGAGACUUUUCUUUUCUCUUUCUCACCAGAACUUCAGGUGUUUAAAUGGACAAGCGAAAACUCCUUCUUUGUAAAAGGGAAUCUGGAUUCUUUUGCUUUUGGGGGAGGGAGGGGUAUUUUUGGAUUAUGGCUGGAUGGAGACCUCUAUCAUGGAAGAAGCCAUACGUGUGAUACUUUUAACAACGACAUUUUGUCUAAAACAGAAGAUUUCUUUGUGCAUGUCAUGGAAGCAUGGGCUCUUAAGUGACGAAGUGUAAUAUAACAGAAACUGUGAUUCACAGGAUCACUUUUGAUCCACGGAGGCCAGCACUGAAUACAGCGCUUACUGUACUUGCAGAGAGAUAAAAGCAGGAUUUGAAAUUGUGACAGAAUUCAUUCUACGAGAAGACAGAGCAACAGGUGUUAUUGUACUUUUUUAUAAACAGUAACACAAUAUGAGCCAAAAUACAUACAGUAAGUUUUUGAUCUAAAGUUAUGUGCUUCACUAAAGAGGGGACGGCAGCAAUACAAUAACAGCACAACCAAUGAAACAUCCAGCAUAUUCAGUGCUGUACCACUCUCUGUACAAAUUGUCAUUCAAAGGGCUUGCUCAAUAACGGUAGCAAUCAACCUUGCAAAUUCAGUGCUUAUAAGCGAAUGUACUAGAAAAUAAGUUAUAUGCAGCUUGUGUUUUCUGGUUAUUCUUAUGCUAAUGUAAAAAUGCAAUUUGUUCAAUUGGAAUUGAUUUACAGUUGAAAUGCAGGGCAUUAUGUGCAUAAAUUGCAAGUGCUAAGUUUUUGCUUGCAGUUUUGUUUUAUAAAUCGCCCUGUAUAGCCUGGGCUUCCUAAGCUCUCUAAUAGGGUGCCUAAUCAUUAUAGAUCACUGCGAUAUAGGGCUGCAUGGAAAGCUGUUGAGCAGCACUAGCACUGUAAAUGAUUCACAGGUUUCUUUUCUUAUCGAAGAGUAGUAGUUUCAUGCUCAAAAAUAAACACACAUAUUAAAUACUUUA